AUGUCUCGCUCAGACGAGGAUGAAUUGGAGGAAGCAGCCAGUCCAGGUCAAAUUAUCAGCAACAAGCCCAGAGAGAGAAAACCACAUGCCACGAGGAGGCGUAUCGUUCAAAGCUGCUCCGAAUGCCGCAGACGAAAGAUCAAAUGCGACAAAAAGUUCCCUUGUGGACCCUGCAUCCUGAGAUCAGAUCAAGAUCGGUGUCACGAAGUGGGCAUGGCGGAGAAGAACGUUGUGUCCAACAGCAGCAACGUCGCCAGUACGUCGGAUCUGGCUCUGCUCGCUCAUAGACUGGACGCUCUCGAAGCCUCUCUGAUCAAGUCUGGAGCCUUGCUACCCUCAGAUAUGGAUCAUUUUCUGAAAUCGAGCCGACUCAACGAGUCCAGAGAUCUCAGUCGACCGACAUCCCCGCGCUUGACGCCCCGUCAGAGCAUACCUGGCCCCAGUGUGGAUAUGGAUGAGAUCGAAGAUACUGAAGGUGCUGCGCGAGUCCUGGAGCAUCUCGCUUUCGGACGAUCUAGAGUCGACGGAGGCACGGCGGUGCCACAUUUCGGUGCCCGAGUCGUCAGUGGUAUAUCAGGGGGAUUCACGCGAAUGCGAGAUUACAAAGGCCAAGGCCGGGACGGAUCACCGACCAAGAGCUCGGAUGGAGUGAGCGCUAUGCAGCGGCGACUGGUCGGUUUGGGCCCUGCACUGAGCGAGGAGGAACGGUCCAGGCGGACGGAUGAGUUGCUCGACUUGCUAGGCCCGACAGAUGUCGUCAACAUCUUUUUCAGGCAGACAGAUGUGGUCCUCAAGCUGCUGGUCAGGAUCUUGCCAGAUCAGGAGAUCGGAGAGGUGCUGGUCAGGACUUACCUCGAAAAGGUCGAUUGGCUACACAGAUGCAUCCACGUCCCGACCUUCAUGAAGCUAUGCCGUGAGAUCUGGAAUCUGGAUCGUCAACAGGUCGUCCAUGAGAUACCGCUAUCCUCUGUAGCACUGUACAUGACAGUGUGCCUGCUUGGACUCAUCUUCAUGGACAGUAGCGAGAGUGUCAAAUAUUUCACAACCGAAGAGGCCUGCUACCUUCCUGAUCUCUGGUACAACUCUGUCCGAUCGGCUUUAUGGGGAGCCGACUUUAUCGCCUGUCACUCCACCGAGUCCAUACAAUCUGUCAUCCUACUCAUGGUGUACAUGAAAAAUCGCGAUCGAAGCGAUGCAGCGUGGGCCAUGCUUGGAGCCAUCAUCAAAAUGGCGCAAGGACUGGGACUUUCGCGUCUAGGCAGCGAGCCCGAGGUGGUCGAUGGCAAGCCUACCGCCCAAUGGGUCGGCAGGUGGAAAAGUUUGAUCGAGCGAGAGGUGGGCAGACGGAUAUGGUGGAAUCUGGUGUGGCUAGAUUGGUCCCUUGCCCCAUCCUACAACUAUGCCUGCUGCAUUCACCCGGAGCAGAUCAAAACUGCCAUGCCGGGCAACAUUGAGGACGACGACCUCGUCGACGGACAGCCGUUCCGGCCGCAACCUGUGAACGUGUACACUCGAAUGUCAUUCCAAUUAGCUAGACUCAAAUUUGCCGAGAUUGGUCAUCGUCAAAUCUGGGCAGCCAAUAACUCGCCGAUCGAAUCGCCGUAUCCCUUCAUUCUCAGCGUUGAUGGCGAGCUGCGAAGGGCCAUGAUGGACCUUCCGCCCUUCUAUCAGCCUGAUUCGGGUCGAGGUCCGGCCUCCACAAAUCCAGGGGACCAAGUUCAAUUCUACGAGCGAAUAAUGCUCAACCUCGCCGUGCACUCGCGAGUCUUGCGGCUUCAUCGUCCUUGGCUGUGGCGAGGUUAUACCGAUCAACGAUUCGCCUACUCCAAGGAGCAAUGUAUACGUGCCGCGAGGGCUAGUCUGCGGAUGAUGGGCAAGCACAACGAGAGCGCAUCGUUUUUAGAGAAGUGGUGGCUACCCCUUUUCUAUGUGUCUGUCUCGGCCCUGGUGAUCAUCAUUGACCUACUGCGCACUCCAAAACGCAAUCUGCACUCAAACGAGACGGAGCAAGAGAUACACGAGGUGCGCGGCGCCCUGGAGCAGAUGAGGCGCAUCGCAGAUGUCUCCCACCCUUCUCAAGCAGCGGUGAAGGUCUUGGAUCUGUUGAUGAACGAGAUAGAGGACAGGCGAAAGCCGGCUCUCGGCAAAAGAAAAUUAUCCACAGCCUCGGAGCAAGACGAGGAGGAUCAAACCCUUCAACGUGCCGUCAAACGCCUCCUGCACCAAGCUCAAUUCGAUUCUGCGUCCCCCGCGCAGUCCGGAUCGUCAAGUACGAGCAAGAGCCCUCAGCCGAAGACUGGCCGGGAGAUCGACAUGCGAAUCUUUUCCGAUACACCUCGAGAUCGACCGGUCUUUGAUGCGUACCCUUUGCCUCAGGCAGAAUCUCAUGCCCCUCAGCAUGCCCCCUCUUUAAGUCUUGGCGGAUUACUACCGCCGCCUUCGGCUCGACAAAGCGGCAUGACCUCGCCUUUCCAAUUGCCUAUGGAUCCAGACGUGCCUUUAAACAUGGACAACUCGUCUGCUGGGUACAUGCAACCGCUUGCCAACGUUUCGGCAGAGGACGCAUUCGCAUCGUAUUUCGCUGCUCCUGGUGGUAAUGGCUCCGUCCAAGGAGCGCCAACAGAAGCGUACCAGGCUCCAGAGGACUUCCUCAGCAAAGUCUUCAACUUUGGAUGGGAACCCGCAGCUGUAUCUGGGAACGCAGUCAAUGCGCCGGUGCAUCCGGGCAUGUCUCAGCAACAGGUGCAGGUCAAUGGGAGCCUGCCAUUCGAGACCUGGAAUUCGCACGGAUGGAUGGCGUAG